AUGGGAAAAACCGAAAUACUUUCUCAAGCAUUACAAAGGAAAUCCAAAGAUAUUCUGAAUGCCAUGGAAUUAGUUUCGGCGACAAAGAUUACUCUAAAUAAUUACAGAAAUGAUGGAUGGGAUUCUUUAAUUAAAGAAGUUACUUUGUUUUGUAACAAACAUCUAAUAGAAGUUCCGGAUAUGAAAGCUCCAUUUACAUCUACUCGGUAUCGGGCUCGUAAAAACGAUCUUCAAUUUACAUUUGAACAUUAUUACCGAGUAGAUCUGUUUACACCCACAUUGGAUAAACAGAUACAUGAGUUAAAUAGUAGAUUCAAUGAGCACACGAUUGAGUUGUUAUCUCUUAGUUCUAGUCUAGUUUCAAAAGUGAUUAACGUUGAUCAGAUUUGUCUUCUAGUUAAGAAGUUUUAUCAUGAAGAUUUUACGGACCAAGAGAUCACUGAGUUACCUUCUAAUUUGGAAUACGCAUUUUUUGGAUGA